AUGACUCCCAAACCCCCCGACGAUCAAGAAACGGCCGACGCCGCCGCCGCCGCGACCACGAGCAAGCCCUCAACCCCCAAGAACGAAAACAAUGCGCCGGCGACUCCCAAGAAGGCUGCGGUCGCCCCGGCCCCGACCACCCCGAAAAGUGCGCCUGCUCGGCCUCGCGCCCAAACGAUGAAGAAACCCGUCGAACCUCCUACACUCCUCGCAGACUUCCUAAGGGGCCGACCGUCACCACAACGACUCGCCGCCGACCGCAAACGUAGAAUGAGCUUGGACGCAGUCAAGGCCGAGAUGAGGGCAGAGAUGCGACAAGCGGCCGUCGCAAAGGUUCAACAACCCGGCGGCGUCAGGGAUAGGGUGAACAAAUGGCAAAAGGCGAACGCCGCCGCCAUGGCUGCCGGCGACCCAAUGUCCACACCUAGUGAACCUACAGAGAUUGCCUUCACCGGUGACACGGAAAGCGUCACCGAGGAGGAUCGCGUACGAAUCAAGAUGCGAGAAAAGAAACGGCCGACACCCAAGGUCGAGGUACACAACGAUGCGCCCGAAGAGAAAGAGGAGUCUGUCGAGGACCUCCCCAACGGGGCCAAGGCGGCUCCCAAAAAGCGUGUUGUUAGCGAUGACCAUUGGAUGGCCAAGAAGAACAAGAAAGUGCCACCACGGGCAAACUCGCCAAAGAAAGAAGCAAGCCCAAGCCCCUUGCCCAAGAACUUCGUCCAGAAGACACCAAUACAGGCGCCCAUGGCCAGGAAGAUCCAGGAUUGGGCUAUGAAGGUCGAAAUCCCAGACCCGCCAUCGCCAAGGCAUAGCGCAUCGAAGUCGACGGGUUCUUUGGUGGACGGCAGCAAAAUCCAGGCUAUGCUUAAGGAGCUUCAAGAAAAGCAAGAAAAGCAGUCGGCCUCAAAGAAGCCCAAGGCCAGUGACGAUGGCAUUCGGGUCACACCCCUACGAAAGAAGCUGGACGAUGACGGUAUCCGAAUUAGGCCAGUCAAGACGCCAUCUGAAGGAUCGGGAGCUCAGACACCAAAAGCCGCCAAAUCUAGAGACCACAGUCGUGGUGCGAGCUCAAGAAAAGACUCUGAGCACAUCGUGGUGGUCGAAGAGGACGAAUCUGAUCGGAUUGAGGUGAUUGAAGAUUCCGACAGUCACUUACAAACACCAACGCGAAAACCCUCGAGAGCACGAAAGGUUAGCCACAAGAAGAAGCCGCCGCCGCCCGCAUCUGAAGGACAGUCAUGGGUCAGUGGCUCAGACUCGACAGAGAAGCCAGGGCCGGAGAAUUCAGAUCUUGCGCCUACUUCAGUCACAAGCGCCCCUGGGGCGAAACCGCUAGACGAAAUUCCCUUUGGGUUUUCCGCCUUUAGCGAGCUCGAUCUUCCCCUCGAAAGGGGCAAAACAAGGAGAAAGACUGCACAACGCAACAACAGUUUCAAGGCUGCCGACGUGCUCAAGAAGGUCGUCAACGAAGGCAAGAAGAUUCUGCAUGAUGCAGUUGAGCCACCAAAACAACCUGCGGCGAACCAGCCUCCUAGCAUCGAGAAAUGGCUGAACGGGACUGUCGACCCGUUCGUUGAAGAGCAAAAGGGGUCGAAGGAAGCAAAGGAAGAGCCUAAGCGAAAGGUGUCGGAGAAGAAGCUUGGAGAACGAUCAGACAGUCGCAAACGCUCAGUUGAGUCGAAAAGAAAGUCGUCUCUGCCAACUAGGACAGAGCUAUCUGAGGCGACCGAUCUUACACAAACCACGCAAACAACAGAUACGACUCAGACCACCGACACGACGCGAACCACCCAGACCACAGACUCUACGCAGACUUACACUGAUCUCUCGACUGAUUUGUCAACCGACCUCUCGACAGAUCUAUCGACGGAUCUAUCAACAGACCUCACCGCGUCGACGGAGAACGACGAGAAUGUGGCUCCCAGAGGAUCUAAUGAGAAACCCAAAGAGAAGCCGAAAACACCUACUCCUGCUGGAUUGCGGAGGAGGGCUGCCACGAGAGGGGCAAUUUCACCUGUCAAGUCGGUCAAAAAGCCAUUCCGAGAGAUUUUGAAGGAAGCCUUUAGAGGGGAGUCGAGCGGCCACCAGACACCCCCGUCCAAAUACAUCAGCGAAGAGGAAAGGCGCCAAGCAGAGUACGAUGACUACGAAGAAGAAGAAGAGUUUCGGCGGAACGAGCGCCGUCGUUCCUCUGGUUCUAGCCGGUCCUACAGCGACCACACAUAUUCAGAUGAGUCCUCCAUAAGGGACGACAGGUCACCAACCCCACGACGGAAGCCACCCACGAAUGGCGUGCAUGAAUUAUCGACCAUUCUUGGAUCCGCUGAAACCCAGAGCGUCUACGAGUCUGACAUAACUUCGCAAGUUUCAGAGACUACCGUCACUCAGACAACGGCCUACUCGAGAGAUACAGAAGUCCCGCGGCGGCGAAGUACCAAGUCCGGGGGCCUAAAGAGGAGACUCACCAAGCAUUCCGAUCUUGUAUCGGUCUUGUCUCUGCCUGAUGACAGCCAAGUUCCCGGCAGCUUCAGGAGCGUCAGGUCACGACCGAGCGUGAGAAAGGCUGCCAAUCACCACACUACGGUGACCAACAAUGACUUGUUGAAGGAGUUCAUCGACGACGAAAACCUAUAUCAGAGGGAGCUCAAGACGUUGGUGGAUGGUGUGAUUCCCGUCCUUUUGUCGUCUGUCCUUCAUGAGAAUUCAUCAAGCGCUGUGGACUUGUUCGGUCCUGAAUCACCCGGACGCAAGGCAAAUAACAUGUCGAAAUCCGUCGUAAACAUGGGAGUCGCCCUGGAAAAGCUCAAAGCGUCCCAUAAAAGAGCUUCACAUACCGAUAUCAACCGACUGAUCUCCUGGCUGCAUACUGCGUCUCCUAUCUACGACAGCUACUUGGACGCAUGGCGACUCGGAUUCCAAGAUCUCAUAGUCAAUCUGGCUCCCGCUGCUGAUCGCCUCGAUGACGAGGAUUCCCUCAUCAAUGCCCUUCCGCGAAACGCCGAAGGCGACGUCGUCAACGAAGACGGAGAGAGGGUCGACGUUGCGCACCUGCUCAAGAGGCCACUUCUUCGCGUCCGAACUCUUGCGAAGUUUACAAAGGGUCUGCACGCGGCUUUCGGUUCCUACGACACUCUUGCCUUGGUGGGCGACUACGACGCAUUACAGGAAAAGUGCAAGCGCAGGCACAAGGAAGAAUCCGCUCGCCUUGCCGACGAAGAUGCCAUCAACACGGACACGACUAGGAUGCGUGACCUGAGAACUCUCGCGCCCAUGCCCUCGAUUAAGAUCGACCCUAAGAGACAAGUCAGCGCCAAGGAUCUCUUUUCACUCAGUCUGGCGCACUCAAACGGCCAACGACUGGAAUGCCAGGUUGAACUUGUUCAUCGCGAUCUGCCCGGCGCCAACAAUGACAAGGGAGACCUUUUAAUCCGCGAGACUGGCAGCGGUCGCCGUACAUGGCUCCUUUUCCCUCCCAUGCCCAUGAUGGCCAUUUCUGGGCGACGGGGCGACGCCAGAUUUGAACUUGUUCUCAUGGUUCAAGGCUCCCACAACGGCAGGCAUUGGUAUGAACUGCUCAAUCUUGUCACGGACAACGAAGACCAAGUGGUAGACUGGCUUGACAUUGUUGGAACUACCCCAGUUCCCCCGAAAGAGCGGCUCCCAGCUCUUGAAGAGGUUCCCGAGUCCCCGACGUUGAUGGAUGUGCCUGUUGGCGGCAAGCUCUACGACCGUGACACAGCAUCUCCCGAACCCGCCACGCCGAGGCGAGGAACUCCUACCCGUCACCUCGACCGAAACGCCCACUCGCGAAGCCCAUCUCUUGAGCGGACGCCCACCCAGGAUUCGUACGAGGAUCAGAGGCAAAGGGCCGCUCCCAACAGCACACCGUUCCGCGACGACGGAGCGCCUCCUCCUCCUAUUCACCGGUCACUCAGCCCGAAGUUACCACAACUGCAACCUCCUGUAGAUCUUCAAAGCCCCCGCGUGAAGAGGCGGGGCUCGUCUCCUUUAAAGCACGAGUAUCUUCCAUCUGAAGAAUCAUCCGACACCGCUGGUUCCUUCACCGAAACCUCUGAAAGCGAGACAGAAUCAGACUGGGAGUCGUCCGAAGACGAAUUCGAAGAUGAUAUCCCGGAGACGGAGGUUGGCUUCAGCAUUAGAGAUCCAGAACCCGAGCCGUACCGGGAGAUCCGAAGAGAGCCUGAGCCGAGGCCCCACCGCGAACCAGAGCCCGAACCUGAACCGUAUCACGAACCGGAGUCAGAGAGCGAAACUGAGUUGGAGCCUCUUCCAGAACCCCGAACAUUUAACGAAAACUUUGGCCAAGAGUCGGUUGUCUCGUCCGUGUGCAGCCUUACGCCCUCCAACUCAGCCUCCCAAGCUGGUCUCCACGGUCGCAAGACUUCCGAAAGCUACACCAAGUACAUUGCCUCCAUUUCGUACUGGAACGAGAAGAAGGGACAGUGGAAGGACAUCUCCGCCGAACCAUGCUCCAUUCAAGUCACCGCUGGCGUCAUCGAAGCCUAUUCCCUGGUCAUCAGCCCUGGAGGAGAUCCCGACUUCGCUCUCCUCUCCCUCGAACUUACUCCUCUCGUACUCCUUCGUCAAUCCACCGUCGUCGAUCUCGAAAUCCGCUCCGCCGUCAAAGACAACUGCAAGAACAAGAGCAUUGGCGGUGGCAACUUCCGCUUCCGUUGCCCGUCAAGUACGGAAUGCUACAACCUGUACAUGGCUGUUCACCACGCUCGCCUCAACAAUCAGAAAUUCAUUCAACUCGAAAAUGAAGCCCGGUACAAGUCUUUUGGUGAGAGACCAUCCGAAGAAUCCGAAGACACCAGCAGUCGCCGCCGCAGCUGGUUCGGACGCAAGAACAGCUACCGCGCGUCGACGCGUGCGCCGUCGCAGUCCCAAGACGGCAGCACUCCCUCAUCCAGCCCUUCGGCUACCAGCUUCCUCAAGCGUCUCACUGGCGCUGGUACCUUCAACAUCGCCAGGUCCUCCAUUGAUAAGCAGCGUCCCUUCUCCGUCGGCAGCCUUUACGCAUCCGACUCUUCCUCCUACGGCUAUCCCCGCUCGCCUUCCAUCAGCAUCUACUCCAACUCUGUCCACAGCCCCCCGUCAUCAGACAACAUCAAGAUCCGCCUGCACCUGCUGGUCACGUCGACCAAGUGGGAAGACUAUGGCAACUGCAUCCUCCAAAUCCGCCGCCCGCCGCCGGGCUGGCAUCAAGAACUCCGCGCCAACCACGGCCUCGAGAAGCGCGUCACCGUCACGACGAUGCCCAAGAAGGACAAACCCCGUAUCGUCCUCGACGCCGUCCUCGGCAGCGGUUGCUUUACCCCCAUGGGAAGCAGAGGUAUCGUGUGCGGCAUCUGGGAGGAGCUCCGCGACGAGCGUGGCGAGAUCGGCGUUGCCCCCAAGACUGGAGGUGCCUCCGGCUCCGUCAAGAAGUGGUGUUUCCAGUGUUCUAGCGUCGCAGAAGCGUCGUGGGUGCUGAGGCUGGUUCACCAGGAGGUCGAGCUGAGGGAUUAA